CUGUGGGCACGGCUCCUGGGGUACGUUAUCCGCACCCCCUACUGAUUCCAUGACCCCCCUGUGCCGCUGCCUGAGGAUCCUGGCCGAGAAGUGGCAGCAGCACAGACAAGCAGCCCACGACUGCAGGGAGCCAGUGGCAUCUCCGACUCCACAGCAGCUGCUGCCCCGGCUCCUGGUGCUGUCAGCAUCCCCCUUCAAGGGAGAAGGAUGCGGAGUGGCUGCGCUGCUCCUGCUGAAUGCCCUGCGCCCUGAGCUGUAUGGGGACGAGGCCGGGCAGUGGUGGAUGGAGAUUCCGGCCAAGGUCCAGUUUCAUGACGUGUCCUCCAUCUGGGCUGGAGGCCAGGAUCCCUCAUGUGGGUGA